AUGCCGGAGCUCGGAGGUAGUGCUCCCGCUCUAAUCAUUUUUACGGGCAAGGUUGUAAUUUUUGAGCUGAACAGCACUGCCGUACACUUCAAAAGGUUCAUGGAGUUCCAUAACAGCCAGCUUGACGGCACUGUAGAAACCCUAAAAAAUCAUUCUCAAUACUGCCAGAUUGCUUUAACACCUUCAGAGUAUAUUUAUUCUUAA